GUAUAAAUAACGCCUGAACUUGUGGCAAGGUGGGGCAACAAACCACGAACCACGGUGUUGUCACAGCUCCUUGGCUCCCUAGCCCAAAGCUGUCAGAUAUCACGGCUGGACUUGGCUGCCUCUGGUGCCACCUGCAGCUUUGACAUGGCUCUUGCUGGUAUCCUGACAGAAGCUGAAAUUGCUGCUGGCCUACAGAGCUGUCAAGCUGCUGAUUCAUUUGAUUACAAAACCUUUUUUGUCAAAGUGGGUCUCAACUCCAAGUCCAAAGACCAGCUCGCCAAAGUCUUUGGAAUUCUUGACCAGGACAAGAGUGGCUUUAUUGAGGAAGAUGAAUUGAAACUUUUCCUGCAGAAUUUCUCAGCCAGUGCCAGAGCUCUGACUGAUGCCGAGACCAAGGCAUUCCUGGCAGCAGGUGACAGCGAUGGAGACGGUAAAAUUGGAGUGGAUGAGUUUCAAGCCCUGGUCAAAUCUUAACAAGCAAUCAAGAUAAAGACCAAGAUAUCUGUGCCAUAAACAAUCUUUCCUACUACAAGCCUGCUAUUUAUUUAGAUAUUUUGUACCCUGGAAGAUCAUGAACAGUUGCUGGCAAAUGAUUUCACAUUGCUGGAAAAUAUUUAAAGUAUUGCAAGCACAACCUAAACCAUGCUGUCCAAUGUUUUAAGCAGAAGGUCUUUAUACCAAUGAGACUGAAUUGUAAUCUGCUCUGCUAAUCUGAAUUUUGGGCAUUAAAGACUCUAGCAAAAAUAUUAAGAGAAAUUAAUGCAUUUCUGUGGGCCACUGAAUUUUCAAAAUUUGCAUAAAAAGCUGGCAUCUGUGGUAAAAAAACUAGAAUAAAUAAAAUGCCCAGGUGUAACAACAGGUUAUCGUAACUGGCAGCAGUAACUGGUAUUUAAUCAAGAGGUGUAUUUCAUGCUCCCAAAAUUUUUAUAUCCUUCUUUAUGCAACUAAUUUUGUUUCACACGCUAAUUAAAUGGCAGGAACUAGCGUUAAUUAAGCUGUCUUUGUUAAUAUUAGAUCAACUGGAACCAAGAUGUAUCUAGAUUAUCAAAAUAGCAAUACAUUCAAAACUCUUCAAGAAAUCUCCAAUCAUCAGCCUUCCCACCUGAUGGCACUAUUGUUCCACUUACAAGGAGCUAAAACUCUAUUCAACCUGCUUGAAUUAAUUCAGGUCAGAACACUUUAGCACCCCACUUGUCCACUUCUAUUGAUGACUCAGUUUUGCCAGAUUAAAUCACCACUGAAAACAGAAUGCUAACAUUUUGUUUUCCAAAGUACGGCACCCUAUCCCUCAGAUUUUGGGAGCAGGGUGGAGACCUCAAGAAAGAUCUGUGGUGCUCAUCUGCACCUGGGGAAUAAAUAUGUUUUAUUGGGUUUGUUUUGCAUGCUGAAUGCCCUCUACUUCCAAACCCCAGGAGCAGCACCCGUUCCUAUCCUGUCUUCUUGUGCUGUUUGUCAGCAGAUUACAUCCCCAGCGCACCAACUGUUCUUGGCAAGUUGCACACCAUGGCACAGAGAUACAAAGGCACAAGAAAUGCCUCUACCUCUGCUUCGGAAGGAGUCAGGACCCAAAGUUCCCUUAUCAUAUUACACGUUAUCAAAGCAAUCUAAAGGCCUUUAACAAAUACUUUAUAAUGUGUUCAUGCCUUAGAUGUUAGCCAAAAAAUAUACUUCCAUUUACUCUAAUGAAUGAACUGGGCACUAAUGCUGUGGUAUUUUCCUUAGUAAUGAAAAAAAAAUCCACCGAACAAAUUCCAUUUACGAUUUCAGUGUCAUUUCAGGAGAGCAAUAAAGAAAAGAAAUUCUGAGUAAUUACUAACUGCACUCUCAUUCCAGGCCUAAAAGCUCUCAUUACUGUAAGAAGAUGCUAUGUAUCUCAGCUUAUAUCAUGUUUUAUAUUUUUACCAUGUAAUAUGAAGAUCUUCGAGCACCAUACCAAUAUGAACGGCUAACUGAAAGAGAAAGGCACUGACAGCUCAGAUAACUCUUGAGUUAGCAGGCAGCUCCUCUAUUUAACCACCCUAACUCCACACUGAUUAGCCUGUAAGGUCUACAAAUCUAAGACAAUUUCACCACUUACCAUUCCAUUAAGAACGGUAAAAAAUUAAUGACAAGGUAAGUCUGAUAUCAGCUUCAGUGAUCACUGCAGAAAGUUAAGAAGAGCUUGUGACUAGAGACGUUUUUAGACCUUUCCUUCUUUCAGUAUUACUGAUAAGUAGACUGGCGUAGAAAAUGCUGUUUUCUGUCUACAAGAACACACUUGCUUUCUUUUCCUCUCUGUCUCUCACUCACUCAGACUGUCAGGUACUGUGAAAUUUCUGUAACUGCUUAUCAUGUGCUUUAAGAAAGCUCUUCAAAUUUCUCCUGAAAGGCCACAACUGGAAGGACUGCUGCAUAAGCAUAAACUUAUGUUCCCACACAGCUGCCUUGAAGUCAAGAACAAUCUUUUGGACUGAUAAGUUUGGAGGUUUCAGACCAUGGCCCAUAUUAUGCAAAUGUUUCUAUCCAACCAGCGUCCCUCAACAUGUGGUUGCUUUUUGUCUGUGGAAUUUUGUUACAUGCUUUAUGCAUCUGCUUUAAGUGCUUAUCUGAAUCUAGACACUUCCUUCUCCUUUAUGUAAAAGGCCAUUUCUGCUAAACAAGUGACUUCCAACUUAUGGUUAACUCCUGUUAUAGAGUAUUUUUACUUUAUAUAUCACUAAGGGUUAUAGACCCUCCUCCUGCUGAAAUUAAUUGCAUCACCUGCUGACAUCAGUGAGAGCAGUGAUCAUAGAAAUAGUUGGAACCACUUCAGGGCUAUUUGCUUUACUUUACCAUGGCUUCUUAGACUGUGGGUCAUAGUGAAACACAGCCAUGUGCAAAAAAGCUUUUAGUAUAGCACCACUGUCCCUGGCUUUUACACGUCACAGAAGGCAGCGUCCAGAUUAGUUCAGAGCCUCCACGCUUAGGGCAGAGUUAUUCUUAAAAAACAUAGAUAACCUGAACAAUUUAAAGAAGCAGAAAGAAAUAUCUUAGGAAAUUAUGUUUAGAGUCAGAAAAUUGUGCUACUGAGUCACAGAAGCACUUGCAAGUGCAUUUAAAGACAAACACAUAGCAUAUCAAAUGCUAGCAGAGAUCCCCCAAGGCAGCUUUUUAAGUGAAAAAGUAUCCUGGUCAGAACAAUCUCUAUGAAUCAGUUAGGUUAUUAAUAUGUUAAGUUAAUCUAUUCUAUCAUUUUCACAUAGAAAUCCAUCUCAUUCACACAGACUUUUAAGGACAUAAAUUA